AAGACCUUUAGUACAAUUCGUUGACAAGGAAUAGAAACAACUCUUACGGUAGUAAGAGUAGUAGGCGUAAAACGCCUCGACUUUGUAAUAAGAGAAAAUGCGAAGAGAGGGGAGAGAGAAUUAGACAACUCCAGCAUUAGGGUAGAGAUUUAGUGGUAGGGCCAAGUACUGUUCUGUACACUGCAGUAGUUCACGAUCGAUCGAUCGAUGCGUUUGCAGGGUGGCACACGUCUCGAUUGGCAAGAAACCGUUUUUGAUGUGUCUCGCAGAUUUUGAAAAUGGAGGUCGUCGAACAAGCUUUUGUUCAGAAGCUGCAGAGAGAUUUAAAUUGCCUCUCUGAUCCUGAUCGCAGUGUUCGGAAGAGGGCUAUUGAGAGGUUGCAAAAGCGGUUGUUGAAUGGGGAUCCCGGAGAAGGUGCCCCAUCGCCAGGCGUUAUUCAGGCAGCGUGGGAUGACGUAAUUUUACGUCUUCUUCUGAGAACUGUGAAUGACCCUGUGGAGAAAUGUCGCGAGCUUGGAAUUCAGCUCAUCAAGUCAGCUGUCAAAGUCGUGCCUCAGGUGGGGAAGACCAUCGCUUUAGUGGUCCCAUCUGUCGCCGAGAGAAUGGGGCAACUUCCAUUUCUUGAAGAAUCUGAGGAGAUUAGACUUCAGCUGGUGGAACUGACCGUUGCCAUAUUGUCGGCUGACUAUCGUGCCGAUGAAUGUCAUGCGGUAGCGGAUAAUCUGGUAAAGUUUUUGAUCUCAGCAUUAGCUGAUCCUUUUCAUGAGAUCAAGAAAGGUGUGUGUAAAGCAGUUGUGCUUAUAUGUACACGUUCUCCUCAAACGCUUGAGGGAAAGACAGAGCCACUUCUUCGAGCCUUACUGCUGAACAUCACCCACACUCACUCACGGGUUCGGUUGGCAGUACUUCAAGCUGUCGAUGAAGUUGUGAUAUGUGGACUACCAGCUGGAACCGUCUCGAGCCUUCUGGCACCUUCUGUGAAAUCUCUUGCCUUUGAUCGGUCACUCAGCGUGAGAGAGGCCUUCUUUCCUGCUGUUGCUCGAUGGCUCGGAUAUGGCGACCAUCCUUCUAAAGAGAGAGUUAGUCUUUCAUGUCAGAAGAAAGACCUGAUUGUAAACAUACCGUGUCUAUUGCCCCUAUUACUUCUUGGAAUCACCGAUGAGUCUCCUGACCUAGCCGGGGGAUCACUUUCUUUAGUGGAAGAAGUUGGUCGCGAGUAUGAAGAAAAUGCGUUUUUACGAAAUCCUUCUCCCGACAAGAUGAUGGUAGAGACAGAGGACGAGAUGACCCCGAGGGGUUUAACAGGUGUAGGAGACUGCUCAAUGGUGGAUGUUGAAGAGAGAAACGACGCUGAUUUUCCAGACUAUUUAUUGGGGGCUCCCUACAAAGGAAGGCCUUCAGCUGGAUGCCGCAGUAUGGUGCAGAAUCAUCUAAAGGAUAUGCUCAGACCAACAACCAGAGAUUUAAGAGAGUGGAAGAAUUUAGCCCGAGUAGGGGCUGCUCGGCUCGCCCACACACUAACGGUAUUUGCUGGAACAAACGUUACCGAUUGUCUGGAUACCCUACUACCAGCAUUCACCAGUGCAGUUAGCGAUGACGACGUGGCAGUAGCACAGCAGGUCAUCGCAGCAGUUCAGGUUCUGGGAUUCUAUGUGCGCGCUGAAAACUGGCUUCCUUUCGUUCUAGAUUCGGUGACAGACAGUCGAUCAAGUGAAGCACUGAGGGCUAAUGGCCUGGUCGUCCUAGCUGGUUUGCUUUUUGGUACACCAAAGCAUACGUUACCGAACGAGUUAGUACUGCAGUUGAGCAAUGGACUUCGUCAAUCUGAUGUUAGAUGCAGUGAUCAUCCAGCUGUUCGGCGUCAGCUUUUAGCUGUCUUGACGAAUCUCUUGAAUGCUGCGGAAACCAUCUCAUCACCGUCUGCUCUUAAUCUGUUUCUUACUUUACUUCAGCUGCAAUCUGUAGAAGAGGAUGCUCAAUUGCAGAUGGGAGCUAGUGAAAUUAUUGAAAGUUUAUCGAAGAAAUUAGGACUCAAUUCAGUGAAGAAUCUGCACGAGAAGUUUCAAGACGAGUUGAUACCCUUAGUGACUGCUGGAUAUGAGGAGUGGCUGGGAAUAUCCCCAGGCAGAGCCUUGUUCCAGACGUUCAUGAAGAAAUCUGGGAGUACGGUUGGUCCAUAUCUUAAAUACGUUGUGAACAUGUUUAAUGUUUGUCUACAUCAUGACCGAGAUCCUGUGCUUCGAAUAUGCUUUUUACAGCUACUAGAUGAGAUGUUCGAAGAUCAGGCGCUUGGACCUUGGUGGAUACCCUUGAGUGAGCAGAUUAUUCUUGAACUUUUGAUACCAUGCGGGGUAUGGCGCAUUGGCAAGGUUGCAGCAGCAGUUCGCCACAGAGCUAUGGUAGCUUUGGGAACUUUCCUUAGACAAGACUUUUGCACGCAGGCUUCAAUGCUAGAGCUUAUAAAACCAGAAAAACAAUUUUUGUCUGUUGUCAAAUCAUGCCUUGAUGAAGAUUACUACGUAGACACUCGCCGAGCCACGUGUCAUGUCAUACAACACGUGAUUCGCAUUGCGGGAGCUGAAAUGGCCGAUGAGCAAAGGAUUACUUUGAGUCUGGAAAUUCAGAAGCGACUGGACGAUAGUAGCGAUAUCAUACGUUUAGAAAUAGUGCCUGCAAUUGCGACUUUUUUUCAGACAAUGCGGAAUUCGAGUAGUGACGAGGAUGUUAAAAGUCUUCUAUCAAAUUUGCUUGUUCACAUGGAUGAUUCCAAUCAAAAAAUACAGGCCGCUGUAUGUGUAGCAGCACAAGCAUGUGCAACACAGAGGCCAAAACUUGUAAUUGACCUGGCCACGAAGAUUUGUAAAGAACAUCGGACCUCUAUUUAUUUUGACGAGCUCCGAAGUUUUGCAGUUUCAAUAGAAUCCGUCUUGAGCCUUGAAACUCCACACUGCGUCUAAAGGGCGCGAGUAAAACAAUAUGCGGGAUGGCUGAAGUGAGAAUAUCUGGGUAUUAGCAUACAUACCUUAGUAAUUAACAUUUGUCAGCGGCCCUUCAGUGGAGCUUGAAAUUCAUGACUGGAAUCUAUUUUUUCCAGGCUAUUAUAUAUGAAAUUUUACAUGAAACUGGCAUCUUAACAGGGCACCCGUCUCAACACCUUCACAUCCUUGAAUAAUUUAUCAAUCUCUCUUUAAAAUGAGAGAACUCUUCAUCAAUAUCACGUCAUAUUGGUGAAGAGUUUCUGUAAAGAAAGUGUGUAACAGAUUUGCAGAUUUUGCACCGUGGGACUGGCUGGGCGAAUGAGACCGACUGGAUCCCUUUGAACAAAUCUUCUAUCUCACUCGUUAACUUCGCAUGAAUGAGUACUUGCAGUCUCUGAAGAAGCCUUAUGUCGCUCGUGGUAGGUUGAACACGCAAAACUAACACUCGCCACAGUAACGUUUCUGGUGGAACUGAGCUGAAGAACUGAUCUGCUCUAAGAGGACACCUCCGACUGUUUUUGGCGAUUGUUGUACAUACCCUUAGACUGUACAACAACUUGUCUACUCGUACAAGCGUACGAACUAAAUCUAUGUAUACAGUACGCAUGGUCGUCCGGGGUAUAAGGAUAUCAGCUCAAGCAUCGGAGGAUUAAGGACGUUCUCGAUUCGGCACUUCGCAUUCAGACGAACGGAUCUUCGAAUGACGGGUAU